AUGGAACCUCCUGCUCGAAUCUCUUGUUCCGGCAACUGCCUUGUCCAUCUCCACUCAGCUGCCGGCAAAGCCUGGUUGCAGCAACACUCCUGCCCUUUCCAGCAACAUGCUGGCCCCGACGGCUUUACACGCUUUCGGGUCCCCACAGCCAAUAACGAGCCAACAUUCCUUUCAGCCUACGAAAUCUUCACAUCUCUUUUCCAGAGCCAGAUAGCCGCCUUGGAACGCCUCCACGGACAACGAGUCCAAAACAUUGUCGCCUUAAUCCCCGCCACCAUCAACUCCCGCAAUUAUCUAUCAGAACUCCCCACCAUCGCCGCCGCCGCAGGAGUUCGCAUUGUCCAUUCCAUCCAAAGGUCGGUUCUUGCCGCAUCCGCUUACAGAUCUCUCAGGACCCCCGGACGCAGAACCAUACUCGUAUUCGAAUUCGGAGGUCAAUUCCUUGAAAUCUCUCUGCUCACUGAAGAUCGGGGUCUAAAUAUAAUGGCCACUGUUUCCGAAUUGGGCUGCCCACUCAUGAACUACUUGGUUUCAGAGGUUCCUUGGAGUUUCGGCAUCGACCCCGAAUGUGACUCCCUCUUUCUCCUUUACGCCCUAUUGGAAUGCGAGCGAGCCAAGAACGCCCUAUGUUUGGGCUCGGCUACCGUGGAGAUUAAGAUUGAGCAACUAGGCAUGGAGACGAGAAGAUCGAUAAAUCGAGAAUGGUUAGUGCGGAUGAAUCUCAACCAUCUUCGCAAUGCAAUCAUGAGGUGCUUGACAGAAGCCGGAGUAAGGAAAGAAGCCGUAGAUGAGGUCGUGCUCGCCGGUGCUUCCUGUAACAUACCAGAGGUCCGAGGAGUUCUUCUUGAGUUCUUUCAAUGGGAUAAGUUCAGAUGUAGCAUCGACCCUGCAAACCUCAUGUCCUUGAGUUCCCAGCAAUUCAUAAAUAAUUUCUCCAGUACAUUUAAUAUCCCUGUGGUAAUUCUUGAGGGUUUAAAUUUGGGGCUGCACGCUCUUUGA